UGUUAUGAGGGCAAAAUGGCCGACAUUGUCAUGUCUUGUUGUAUGUCGGAUCAGGAAAAAGAACAGAAAAGCCGAAGUAAGGAUAUAGAUAGGCUUAUCGCCAAAGAAAAGGCACAGUUUAGACGAACAAUUAAAAUUCUCUUGCUCGGUGCAGGCGAAAGUGGUAAAAGUACAUUCUUAAAGCAAAUGAGAAUCAUCCAUGGGCAAGAUUUCGACGAUGAGUCCAUCAAGGAAUUUAAAAGUGUGAUAUAUGGCAACGCAGUGAAAGGUUUGAGAGUUCUGAUUGAUGCUCGGGAAAAGCUGGCCAUUCCUUGGGGAGAUCAAGAGAAUGCCAAGCACGGCGCCUUUGUUUUUAGUUACAAUACGUCAACAAAACUGGAUGAGACAUCAUUCGUGCAGUAUGUAGAGCCGAUGAGGUGCCUUUGGCAGGAUAAAGGGAUUCAAGCCGCCUAUGACAGAAGGAGGGAAUUCCAGUUGGGAGACUCCUUGAAGUACUUUAUGGAUGAUUUGAAUCGCAUUGGACAACCAGGUUAUAUACCGACGAAACUCGAUAUUCUACAUGCUAGAAAGGCGACCAAAGGCAUCAUAGAACACAUGAUUGACAUCAGCGGCGUACCGUUCCUGUUUGUGGAUGUCGGAGGUCAAAGGUCACAGAGACAAAAAUGGUUCCAGUGCUUCGAGAGCAUCACCUCCAUUCUGUUCCUAGCAUCCUCCAGUGAAUUCGAUCAAGUGCUUUUAGAGGACAGGAAGACGAAUCGCCUGCAGGAGUCCUGUGACAUCUUUGAAACAAUCAUCAACAACAAGACAUUUUGUAGUGUGUCCAUAAUUCUCUUUCUGAACAAAUUUGACUUAUUAAAAGAAAAGAUCAAGCAUGUUAGCGUCAAAGACUACUUCCCUGAUUUCCCAGGCGACCCCCAUAACCUAGAACACGUACAGAACUUUCUGCUGACAAUGUUCGACGAGAAGCGAAAGGACAGGAGUAAACCUCUGUUUCAUCAUUUCACGACUGCCAUAGACACUGACAAUGUACGCUUUGUGUUUCAGGCGGUAAAGGACACGAUUCUGCAAGAAAACCUCAAGUCACUCAUGCUACAAUGAGGCUGGCUGGUUACAAGUGUUGUGAAAUCAGGAAAUCAAAACAAGCCAAUAUGGAUUGCCUGAAUCGGUCCAGGGGACACCUGUCAGCGACAGGGGUACCUGAGGGGGUCAGCUACUGUCAGUAAGAUACACAGAGGCUCCCAACGGGGGAACCUGCUUCUUGUGGCUUCAUGUGGCAACAGUGUCAUGUGCAAAAUUUGUGAGCAGUAUGUAAGCGAGAGAGAAAGAGAGAGAUUCACUGAAAUCUACAUAUUCAUAUAUCUAGUCCAUGAUAGAAGGGUGUACUAUUGACUUUGUGGCUUGUUGUCUUUGUGGUCGUGAAAUUCUGUGGAAAGAUGUGGAACAUUGUUUCAGAUGUGUCAGAUGUUUAUAACGGUGUAGAUGUACUGUGUGCAUGUAUAUAAACAAACGCAAUAUUGUUAACACAGUGAUCAAAGAUAUUGUAUGAUUUUACAGUGUAUUUGAGUGCAUACUUACUUGUAAUCGUUAAAUGAUGGAGGUGGGGGAAAUAUUUCUAUUUACAAGAAAGCCUUAUAGUUUUAUAAGAUUAGUUAGUCCUGACAAUUUAUCCAACUGUCAUUUGCACAUGCAGAAUUUCCUAUUUCAUUAAGAAGGCUGGAUGGUUGUGGCCAUUUUUAGACUGUUCUGAUCUCCUUUAGAAGAAGAGCUCUAUAUAAAGAUAUAGGAAAAUACUCAGAUUUAAGAGCUAAAUUUUAUGGAUUUUUUCUUAACUAAAUAAUACAUGUAGUUUAUAGCUUAACAAAUCAUAUCUAAAAAUUUAAGGUAUAUCUGAUGGUUAAGUUUGUUGACCAUCCAGUCUCCUUAAGUCAUUGCUAGUAGUGUAUUUUUUUUUUUUGGUAAACUUAUAAUUACUUUUUAGAAAUAGAUUGUAACAGCCCCAUGGUAAACAUGAACAGGUCCUUAUGAAAUUGUGUUGGUUGAAAAUCAGUAAUUUAUAAUUUAUUUUGCAUAUACGUAAUGGAUAGUGAAUGGUGACAGAGUCAAACUACUUUUCCAAGUAUUUAUCAAGUAUUACAAUGAGUUGUAGUGUUCGUUCAUAGUAAUAUAAAAAGCUUAUAGUGGAUGAAAGACAUUCGUGUUAGAUAAGUGUCGGGACACUAUCACAAGGAACUUUGAUGUAUAUUGAUCAUAGCAAGAUUGAGUUGACAUUUUAAGGUUGUAGUUUUGGUUUGCAUAAUUUGAGAGUUUCUUGUACAUUGAUUUACACUCUUGGCUCUUGUCGUAGCAGGGCUGGGUUUGUUUGGUGCUUUAUAUGUACAGACUCUGUGCUACACACUUGAUCAGUCAUCGAGAACUUUGAAACUCAAUCCUCAACUUGAAGACUUCCCUCGAUAUCCUCUUGGCUGCUUCCUCCCCAAAAAAUGUUCAGAGAUGUUUACAAUAACGUCAAAAGUUACAUGUAGUGAGGUUUUUGUGUUGUAGUAAUAGCUUGUGUACUACAUAUUCAUACAGUGUUCAACAUGCUGGCUUUCUGGUCUAUGACACAGAAGGAAUUUCUGACUGGAUCUGAUCAUCAUGUCUGAUGGUCAUUGACCCUGGUCCUUGAAAUUUGGGUUAUGUGCAUUAAGCAUUCAGAGUAUAAGUUAAUUGUACAUUCAUUGAUUUGGGGUUAUUUUUGAAACUGACCAGAUCGACUUGAUAAAUUUUUUCUUUAUUUAAAAGGGAUCAAUAAUUUAGAAAGAAGCUUAUACAUUAAGAAUAAAAGAUAUUUAACUGAUAUGAGAGUAUUUGGAUCAGAGAGAGAGAGAGAGAGAGACAGAAACUUAUAAUCAGAAAAUGGUUAAUAUAUAUGUGUUGUAUCAUCUGCAAGAGACUGUGCUUUUCUAUCCUUCAUCCUGUUUAUUAGAAGCAGAAAGACAAUUGGUCUGUGAAUAUUUUGACCAAAGAUGGAGUACCAUUUGUUUAAGUGCCUCAUUUACACUGUUGGUUAUUUAUCCACUUAUUAUUACUCAACGAUCACCUAUUGAUUUUUUUGGUAGAUAUUUCAACUUUGCUUAUUGCAUAACAUGAAAUGAAUGUCAAUAGCUCUUAAAAAGAGUAUAAGAGAUGUAGCUAUUGAGCUCAAAAUCUAUGAUUAUCCUGAUUUUCAUUACAAACAACAAUGCUGCUCCUUUUUGGGGAUCCUCAUUUUACCCGUGCCCUGUUACACGAUAUAUUUUUACGCCUGUACUAUUACUACUUUUUAUAGUUUUCAUCUAAUAUUUUAAGACAGUCAUAUACCUUGUUAUUCUAUGUCAUUUUUAUUUUUGGGACUAAUGGUUAUCAGUAUUUAUCUAUCUGCUGAGGACAAAAAUAUUUUCCUGUCAUUUUUGAAGCCAGGUCUAGACUUCUCUGCCUAUUUUAUAUUUCAUUGUGUACUUUGUGUUGUUCCAGGCAUCAUUUUUUGCUCAGUAAUGUUCUAUUUUAGUAAGGUACAAUCAGGUUUGCUUGUUGGUGCAUUUUUCAGUGUAUUAAAAAAGACAACUCUAGUUUCACUCACAGUUACUGAGUUAUAGAACUUGGUUUUACAAAGCAUUUUGUUUUUCUUUGUAAUCUGUUGCAUGUUGUAUACAACUUGUGUCAUAUAUAUAUUUCAUCAGAUAUUCCUCAUCCCACCGUUAUUAGGGAGUUAAAUUGGAAGCACGAUAUAUCAAGCCAAAAUUUCCAUUUAUUAAGCUACGGUAAUCUAGUUGUUCAAGCAUUUGUUUAAAUUGAUUUCUUUUCUAUGUAUAUGCUAAUGUUUCAUAAUAUUGUGUAACAUUACUACAACUUGCAUUAUAUUUAUUUUUUUCCUUCUUUGAUUAAUACAUCAAUUUUUUUUCUUGUUGCUACUGAGCGGCUCUAAUUUGGAAUAUUUUCUACUUGGGUCAAAUUUGUGUAUUACAAAUACUGUUCUUUAAUGUUGUGCAAUUUCUCAUAAUAAUAUUCUCUGUAAAAUCUUCACUGUAUAAAAAUGGAGAUUUAAAAAAAAAAAUAAUUUACAUAGUUGAGCAAGAGAAAACAAUACUAAACCAGAGCUACCAGAAAUUAAAAGAAAAAAAAACAGUUCUUGACACAAAAUGAUGGGGCCUGGUAUUUUUUCUGAGAUUGGCUUUUCAAUUGCGUUGCCUGGAAACACCUUUAAUUGUUAUCCAGGCAGGAACAACAGUUGUAUAUCCGCAUGUAAACAAUACUUAAAUGACAUAUAGAAAGUUUAGAUUAAAAUCUAUCUAUGCUAUC